GUUUAUCAGCUGUUCUUGGACUUAAUUAACAAAUUGCUGUAAAGGCUUAAAAUUGAUGUUUAGAAAUAAAAUAAAUCGCUACAAAAUUAACGAGAAAUAUGUGUUGUUAUAAUUAGACCAAAAUAUUGAGUAGUCGGUGUUAAAAAUUGGCCGAAUUGUUUAUUAGCAAGACUUUCUUUUGAAAGUCUUUAAUUCACGGUUGGGGUUUGGUGUCUAACAACAACAUGACCACUACCAGCAAUUCGGGACAUCAUCCAUCAUCAUCGCAGAGCAUUGGCAAUAGCACUUAUCACAUAUUGGAAGACGGCGAAGACGAAAAAUUAAUCAAACCAAACUCGAAUACGUCAUGGAUUUCAUCAACAGCAGCUUCUACAAACACCACAACGGCGACAACAACAAUUUCUGUGUGCGGAUUUGUUUCAGUUGUAUGCGGUAGCAUAAAUUCAUGGUUUCGACACUAUCGAAUUUAUAAAACUAUUUUGUUAAUACUGUUAUUGUUGGUGCUGCUGCCUUUGUUCGCCCAUAGAAGUUUAUUAAAUCCUGAUAGCGAUGUUCCGCAAUUGGAUUUGCACAGGCAACGACCGCUGCUUGAUGCAUAUGAAGAUUUCAGUUCAAUGCGAGCCAGUGAUUUGAAGAUGAGAAUUGAGGAACUGUUACGUAUUAAGAGUACAGUUUCCAUAGAGCUUCGGGAAUUAGAAGCACGUCGACAAAAACUGCAAUCUGACAUUGGACAAUACAAUCAAAAAAUCGAAGAGCUUAAACAAGAUCUGAUGCGUGAACAAACCGAAUUGGAAAGGCUCAAGAUAUCCGUAGAGCAAGCACAAGUGGCCCAGAAGGAAGCAGUACAACGAAAUACCCCAGAUUUGGCACUACCACGCACUUUGUUUCCUAAUGCCUUACCUCGCAACAUGCCUGCCACAUCGCUGCAAACGAUGGCCGCAUGUGAAAUGCACAAUUGUUUUGAUCACUCUCGUUGCAGCUUGACGUCAGGAUUUCCUGUUUAUUUAUAUGAUCCCGAUAUGUAUGGUGUUCUUAAAACGGGCUAUGAAAUUGAUGGAUUUCUUCGCACAACCAUUAAGCAAACUUUGGGCUAUAAUGCCCAUAUAGUUAGAGAUCCCAAACAGGCAUGUAUAUAUUUAGUUCUCAUUGGAGAAGCCCUGUAUGAAAAUGAAUUGGUGAAAAACAAUCGUUAUGCCGCCCAAGAGGAAGAGCAAAAAGAGAAAACCACUUCGGCUAGUGGAGAUAGAUACAAUGCAAUAGAUAUGAACAAAAUAUACAGGUUACCCUAUUGGGGAGGUGAUGGCCGUAAUCAUGUACUCUUAAACUUGGCGCGAAGAAAUUUGAAUUCCAAAUCCACCAAUGCUUUGCUCAAUCAGAACACCAUGCGAGCCAUAGUGGUGCAAUCAUCUUUUGAGGCUUUACAGUUUCGACAGAACUAUGAUUUGAUAGUUCCGCCCAUAUUGGGGCCACCAGGAGGGGAUGUCUGGCAAGAAUGUGCUUCCAUGGUGCCUGCUAGACGAACUUAUCUGCUCUCCUUCCAAGGUGAAUUGCGACCUUUGAAUCAACCUUUACGUUAUCCACAUCCAUUGGAUGAUUUUAUAAUGGAUCACUUAACUGAGAUGUCAAAAGGCCCUACGCUAGACAAAUUCCUAUUACAAUUCAAAUGUGUGCCAGCAACAGAGCAACAGGAUGAAAAUGCUGUUGUUGAUUGGGCUUUGUGUGGUACUGAUUCUUCACGCAAACAGAUUUUAAAGGAUUCCACAUUUGCCCUAAUACUUCCACCUUUGGAAAAAAGAGUAAGUUCCACCCUAAUGUUGGCUAGACUCUAUGAGGCCUUGCGUUCUGGUGCUAUACCCGUCAUAUUGGGGGCAGAUGAAGUUCGUCUACCAUAUAGUGAGACCAUAGAUUGGCGUAGGGUGGCCUUGUUAUUGCCUAAGGCACGUAUAACAGAGUUGCACUUUUUACUAAGAGCCAUACAGGAUGGCGAUUUGUUGUUAAUGCGCCGCCAAGGUCGCUUAAUGUGGGAACGUUAUCUCAGCUCAGUGCAAGCUACAGUGGAUACGGUAAUAGCCAGUUUACGUGAUCGUUUGGGAGUGCCACCCAGACCAGUGCCUGCCGUGAUAGCCCAAAGUGUUUUCAACAAUACAUUUAUUCCCCUGAAAUCUGAUCCUCCUGUGGGUAUGGAUAAUGAACCCGAAGAAUCACUGGGUCCCAUGGAGCCACCAUAUCCCAGUCCAGCAUUUAAAAGAAAUUAUACAAUUUUGAGAAUGCAGUCGAGAGAGGCAUGGAAUGAUUGGGUUGAUCCGUUUUAUAUGUAUCCGCAACUGCCAUUUGAUCCUGUACUACCUUCCGAAGCUAAAUUUAUGGGUUCUCAUAUGGGGUUUCGUCCCAUUGGCAAGGGCAGCGGUGGAGCUGGCAAAGAAUUCAGCGAAGCUCUAGGUGGCAAUUAUCCACGAGAGCAAUUCACAAUUGUCAUAUUGACCUACGAAAGGGAGCAAGUGUUAAUGGAUUCCCUGGGUCGUUUGUAUGGUCUGCCGUAUUUGCAUAAAGUUGUGGUGGUAUGGAAUUCUCCUAAACCUCCAUUGGAUGAUCUACGUUGGCCUGAUAUUGGUGUACCUGUAGCUGUGGUACGAGCACCACGCAAUUCUUUAAACAAUAGGUUUCUUCCUUUUGAUGUCAUUGAAACGGAAGCUGUUCUCUCCGUGGACGAUGAUGCCCACUUGAGACACGAUGAAAUACUUUUUGGUUUUCGAGUGUGGCGUGAGCAUCGCGAUCGUGUUGUCGGCUUUCCAGGUCGUUUUCAUGCCUGGGAUCUAAAUGACAAUCACCAUUGGAAUUAUAACUCUAAUUACAGUUGUGAGUUGAGUAUGGUUUUAACCGGUGCAGCCUUCAUACAUAAAUACUACAUGUACUUGUAUACGUAUCAAUUACCUCAAGCCAUACGUGAUAAAGUCGAUGAGUAUAUGAAUUGUGAGGACAUAGCAAUGAAUUUCCUUGUAUCGCACAUUACAAGAAAACCUCCGGUUAAGGUAACAUCACGAUGGACCUUCCGAUGUCCUGGCUGUCCAGUUUCACUCAGUGAAGAUGAUACACAUUUCCAGGAGCGACAUAAAUGUAUAAAUUUCUUUUCACAAGUUUUCGGUUAUACGCCACUACUCAAUACACAAUAUCGAGCGGAUUCGAUAUUAUUUAAGACGCGUAUACCACACGAUAAACAAAAAUGCUUUAAAUAUAUAUGAGCACAACGCUUCAAAAAUUCAGUUUGUGUUACAGAAACAGAACUUAUAAAACAACCAAUUCAGCUUACCACUAAGUUUUAAACAAUAGCACACAAAUUUUUU